GCGGCGAUCAUUGCCAACCAGUUGCUGCUUUCUAUUCUCGUCACGGGCUCCAUGUGUCUUCCGGCCCACAGCCACGCCUCAUAUACCCAACCAUGAGCCAACCACCCACUCCGUCGAGGGAUGCAGACCGCACUGCGAAUGAGCAAUGUCUUUCUAGCCGUGGAUCUGAAGGAGCAACGCUGGUGACGGGGAUACGGGAGGCGUGCACUAAUAUCAUUGUACACAGAAGGCAGGCUCAGCAACUAAGCAUGGACGUCAGCACUCUUUUCUCCAUGCUCAAGGACAAUGUUGGAUUGGUAACUCCUGCGGAGUUUGCUGAAAUGCUAGACGAGAUUCUCAAGGUUCUCACUUCAGUCUAUCCUCGUGCUCGAGAAUUGUCCCAAUAUGGUCUCUUACAGGCGCUCUGGCGAAGCGGACAAGUUGGAUACGGCUUGGAGCAAUGUAAUGAGGAGGUUGGUGCCGCUUUGGACAAAUGGGAAGUAGCAGUUGCAAUCUCCCUUAACAAUCUGCGAAAUCCAUUGGUUCGCAUCGCACGACAAGAUGCAGAGGAAUGGUGGCAGUAUAUAGCGGAACACCGAGCUGAACUAUUCAAGUUCACCAAGCAAUUCCUUCGAUCCCGGCAACUCAUGCAACAGGCUGCAGAGCUGCAUAAACGAGGUCAUCCGGCGGCAGAGCGGAUGAUGGAGCUGAGUCAGUUGCUCCUACGACUGCCCAUUCAGUCUGCGGAUUCCACGAAAACCGUGAACGAGAGCUUAUCGAAGGAAGAGCACGACGGAUGUCGGGAAAGGCUAGUGGAUUUUCAACGUCUUACUGGCAUGCCUCCAACUAUCAAGAUCCUGAACGGCCAAGUGAAGAAACUCGGCGAUAGGCCUCUGGUGUGGGGUAACUACAGCGAGCUGUGGAGUGGCGUCUGGCUUGGAAAGAUUCAGAUCGUCUUACGAGUGCAAGACAUCGUCGUAUCCCAACCAGCCGUUGCCCGAUUUGAAGAAGAAGCCAGAAAGUGGGCGAAGCUGAAAAAUCCCAAUGUUCUCCCUUUCUUUGGGAUAGUGACGGAUUUAGGUCCCAUAAUACACACUGCGACUCCUUGGUGCGAAUACGGAAACAUCCUAGAAUUUAUGAAGAACAAUCCUGCUUAUGCUAGAACACGACUUCUCUUAGGCGCUGCACAAGGCCUACGAUACCUUCAUCAGGAAAACGUUGUUCAUGGCAACGUGAAAUGCACAAAUUUCCUCAUCAAUGAGAAGGGCAAUGCACGCAUCGCCGACUACAGCAUGAUCCAAGUCGUCGCAGAAAUCACCAAGAAGCGGGCUGCUCGCAUUCUGGAUGAAGCAGAAUUGACACGCUGGUUAGCGCCUGAAUUGGUGUGCGAUGCUAGUCUGCCUGCGGCGACCGCUGCUUGUGACGUUUGGUCGUUCGGGAUGGCAAUGCUCGAGUGUUAUACGUCGUGCCCUCCAUAUGAGGAACUCUCAAACAACAUGCUCGUCGCUGAUGCCCAUUACCGUGGUCAAUACCCCACAAGACCGAAGGAUACUACAGAAUUAACAGAUGAUAUAUGGGAGAUUCUAAUCAGCUGCUGGCGCAAAAGACCCGGAGAACGUCUGUCGAUGGAUGAGGUAGUCUCUCGAAUGCGACGGUGCAUCUAAUCAUCUUAUUACAUGCGAUGAUACAGUGAGACUUCGCUAACUGUCACUGUCAUACACCUCAGAACACUACCUAAUGUAUGCCCACCUUUCAAGCCUCUGCACAGAGCAUAGAUACGUACUACAUUGGCUUGCAUGAACUCAUACAUCGAUACCUUUUUCGCGAAAACACCUGCCAUACUAGGAGCAAUAGUCUGACAUUAGUGACCCCGAGAACACGGGCAUGCCGUCAAUAUAGGCGUCGGAUACCCUAUGAUAGCGACGUUCCUUCCGCAUCAGCAUUUGCAGGGGUUGCUAACUUGACUAAACCAUCGUGUUGUGCCUCGCAUUUCAAAGCCUUC